UCUCCGGGGGAUCCCAUGGAGGACGAGCCUGGAAUCGUGUCCCCGUUCAAGCGCGUGUUCCUGAAGGGGGAGAAGGGCCGGGAUAAGAAGGCCCAGGAGAAGGUGACGGAGCGGCGGCCGCUGCACACCGUGGUGGUGGCGCUUCCCGACCGCGUGGAGCCCGACCUGCUGCUCCACGACUACAUCGAGAAGGAAGUCAAGUACCUAGGGCAGCUCAUGUCCGUCCCGGGCUACCUGAACCCCUCCAGCCGCACGGAGAUCCUGCGCUUGAUCGACAACGCCAAGAGGGCCCACCAGCUCCCGGGGCAGCUGAGCGCGGAGCACGACGCCCUCAUCAGCCUGUCUGCCUACAACGUCAAGCUGGUGUGGAGGGACGGGGAGGACCUGAUCCUCAGGGUGCCCAUCCACGACAUCGCCUCCGUGUCCUACGUCCGCGACGACUCCGCGCACCUGGUCGUGCUCAAGACAGCUCAGGAUCCCGGGAUCUCGCCCAGCCAGAGCCUGUGUGCCGAGGGCUCCAAGGCGCUGACGUCGGGCUCGCUGUCGGAGAGCGCGGGGGGCCCGCUGGAGUCCUGCUGCCUGGUGGUGCUGGCCACGGAGAGCAAGGCGGCCGCCGAGGAGCUGUGCUCCCUGCUCAGCCAGGUCUUCCAGAUCGUUUACACCGAGUCCACCAUCGACUUCCUGGACCGCGCCAUCUUCGACGGCGCCUCGACGCCCACGCGGCACCUGUCCCUGCACAGCGAUGACUCCUCCACCAAAGUGGACGUGAAGGAGCCCUUCGAGGCGGACGCCAGCACUUUUUCCUUUGCAGACACGCUGGAAGCGGGGGACACGUCCCCGUCCUCCUUCCCGUCCCCACACGCCACCACGGCCAGCGAGAGCGAGCUCAGCACCACGGCCACCGAGCUGCUGCAGGACUACAUGAUGACGCUGCGCACGAAGCUGUCCUCGCAGGAGAUCCAGCAGUUCGCCAUGCUGCUGCACGAGUACCGCAACGGGGCCUCCAUCCACGAGUUCUGCAUCAACCUCAAGCAGCUCUACGGGGACAGCAGGAAAUUCCUGCUCCUGGGCCUGCGUCCCUUCAUCCCCGAGAAGGACAGCCAGCACUUCGAGAACUUCCUGGAGACCAUCGGCGUGAAGGACGGCCGCGGCAUCAUCACGGACAGCUUCGGGCGCUACCGGCGCUCGCUGGGCGCCGCCUCCGCCUCCAACGGCACCGGCGCCGCCGGCAGCUCCGACGAGCAGUCCGUGCCCUCGGAGGAGGACGAGUGGGACCGCAUGAUCUCCCACAUCAGCAGCGACAUCGAGGCGCUGGGCUGCAGCCUGGACCGGGACUCGUCCUGAGGGAGCCCGGCAGCGGCGGCCGCUCCCGCCCGGGGGGACGUGGGGCUGUGCCCGCGGGGAUGUGGAGGGUGGAGCUGGUCCCUGCGUGAUCCUGGGACACCACGGGGCUGAUCCCUGCGUGAUCCUGGGACACCACGGAGCUGAUCCUGCGUGAUCCUGGGACACCACGGGGCUGGUCCCUGCGUGAUCCUGGGACACCACGGGGCUGAUCCCUGCGUGAUCCUGGGACACCACGGGGCUGAUCCUGCGUGAUCCUGGGACACCACGGAGCUGAUCCUGCGUGAUCCUGGGACACCACGGGGCUGAUCCUGCGUGAUCCUGGGACACCACAGAGCUGAUCCCUGCGUGAUCCUGGGACAGGGAGCUGAUCCCUGCGUGAUCCUGGGACACCAUGGAGCUGGUCCCUGCGUGAUCCUGGGACACCAUGGAGCUGGUCCCUGCGUGAUCCUGGGACACCACGGAGCUGGUCCCUGCGUGAUCCUGGGACAGGGAGCUGGUCCCUGCGUGAUCCUGGGACAGGGAGCUGAUCCCUGCGUGAUCCUGGGACACCACGGAGCUGAUCCUGGUGGGACCCCAGAACGGGGAGCUGCCCUCAGGGGGAUCCCAGGACACAGAGCUGCCCCUGGAGCUGCCCUCGGGGCGAUCCCAGAAGGGGGAGCUGCCCUCAGAGGGGACAUGGAGCAUGGAUCUGCCCUCAGAGAGGACACGGAACACCAACCUGAGCCCUCACAGGGAUCCUGGCACAUGGAUCUGCCCUCGGAGGGGACGUGGAACACCAACCUGUGCCCUCACAGAGAUCCUGGCACACGGAUCUGCCCUCUGUGGGAUCCCCAGCAGGAUGUCUGCGCUGCCCCAGCCUCAGCAACAGCUCCAGGGGCUCCCUCUGCACCCCCAGGCUCCCAGUGGGACUUGGGGGCCAGCUCUGGUGUGGAUUUGGGGGACAGACGUGCUCCUGAGGGAUGUCCCAAGGGGCUGGAUCUGCUCCCCACGCCCCCCAGUUUACAGUUUGCACAGCGGGUCCCCCAGAAGCGCCCCCCACCCCCCAAUGAAGUUUUUCCACAAUGUGAA